AUUCCGAAGACCAUGCGUUGUGUGGACAUUACGGAAUUCGGUGGACCUGAGGUUAUGAAAGUGGUGACUCGUGAUGUCCCAACUCCUCAAAAGGGAGAAAUGCUCAUCAAAGUAGCUGCUGCUGCUAUCAACCGUCCGGACGUCGUCCAGCGUCAAGGAAUGUAUCCUCCUCCGAAGGGAGCGAGCAACAUUCCGGGUCUGGAGUGCUCAGGCACCGUCGUCGCUCUCGGCGAUGGCUGCACUGGCUUCAAAGUGGGAGACAAGGUGUGCGGCAUUUUGACCGGUGGUGGCUAUGCGGAAUACACCACGAUGAAUUGCAUGUGUGCGCUCCCGGUUCCGAAGAACACCUCCAUGAUCCAAUCCGCUGCGAUCUGCGAAUCGUUCUUCACUUCCUACAGCAACGUGUUCAUGCGCGGCGCUCUGAAGCCUGGCGAAUCGUUCCUGGUCCACGGCGGAACCAGCGGCAUCGGCACGAGCUCGAUCCAGCUGGCGAAAGCGUUCGGGAACAAGGUGUACACAACCGCGGAAGGCCCCGAGAAGUGCGAGGCGUGCCGGAAGCUGGGCGCGGACGUGGUGAUCGAUUACACGAAGGAAGACUUUUUCGAUGUGAUUCGAACCGAAACCAAGAAGAAAGGCGUGAACGUGAUUCUGGAUUAUAUUGGAGGAGAUUAUGCAGAGAAGAAUAUCAAGUUGCUGGCGGAGGAAGGUCGCAUGGUGAUCAUCGGAUUUAUGAAGGGCCCGCGUGUUAACAUUUCGCUGAACCCCAUUUUGCUGAAGCGACUUACCAUCACGGGAUCGACAUUGCGAUCGCGGUCGCUGGAGUUUAAGCACCAGGUUGCGAUGGAAAUGUACGAGAAAGUGUGGCCGCUGAUUGAGGCGGGCAAGCUGGCGCCGCUGAUUCACGCGACGGUAGGACAUGGAGAGGAAGGUGAUGGGAAGGUGCCGCUGGAUGAGGUGGUUCGCGCUCAUACGAUGAUGGAGAAGAAUGAACAGAUCGGAAAGAUUGUUCUGACCAUGGAGUGGAUUGUUUGUUGA